GUACUCUCUCUCUCUCUCUCUCUCUCUUUGGUCUAUAAAAGCAAACCCAUUUGUCUAAAACUAUUCCUCUCACUACUUUUCAACCAUGGCUGACCCUUACUCUAAUUUCUUUACUGGUUUUUUCAAGUUCAAUAACAACCCUUUUCAUCAUCAUUACCCAUCUUCAAAUCCAAUUCCUCCACAAUUUUCUUAUAAUACUUAUAACAACAGCAACUUUUAUACAACAAAUCCCUUCACUAUCAAUGACCAAGAUCAGUAUAACCCUUUUCUUAGUUAUCAGAAUAGACCUCCUUCUCCUCCUUUAAGAGAAGCCCUACCUCUUUUAAGUUUAAGUCCAGCCAGAAAUGAAAAAGACCACCAAGAACAAGAUCAAGAUCAAGAUCAAGAAGAUGAAGAUCAAGAACAAGAACAAGAACAAGGUUGCACUAGUGCAGCUAUGGAUGUGGACAAGAUUAACAACAAAGCUAAUCAUCAUGAGAUUAUGAGCUUCUUUUCUACUGCUGCUACUACUAGUACUACUACUACCAAUAACAACAACAAUAACAAUAGUAAUAGCAGUACUUAUAAUGAUGAUGAAGAUGAUGAUACUGUUACUGUUGCACUGCAUAUAGGGUUACCAAGCCCUAGUGCUGCAGAGAUGGCCUCUGUGUUAUCUUCUUCAUCAGACGUAAUUACUGAGAAAGAUAUUGGAGAUGGUGAUGAUUCUACCACUGAGUACCCUAUUAACAGGCUUAAUAAGGGUCAGUAUUGGAUCCCUACUCCUUCCCAGAUUCUGAUUGGCCCUACUCAGUUUUCCUGUCCUGUUUGCUGCAAGACCUUCAAUAGAUACAAUAACAUGCAGAUGCAUAUGUGGGGGCAUGGAUCUCAAUACAGAAAAGGGCCUGAAUCAUUAAGAGGAACACAGCCAACGGGAAUGCUUAGGCUACCUUGCUAUUGCUGUGCACCUGGUUGCAGGAGCAAUAUUGACCAUCCCAGAGCUAAGCCACUUAAGGACUUUAGAACCCUUCAAACACAUUACAAAAGGAAGCACGGAAUUAAGCCUUUUAUGUGUAGAAAAUGCGGUAAGGCUUUCGCAGUGAGAGGAGACUGGAGAACCCAUGAAAAGAAUUGUGGAAAGCUUUGGUAUUGUAUUUGUGGAUCGGAUUUUAAGCAUAAGAGAUCACUUAAAGAUCAUAUUAAAGCUUUUGGGAAUGGCCAUGCAGCUUAUGGGAUUGAUGGAUUUGAAGAAGAAGAUGAACCUGCAUCUGAAGUAGAACAAGAUAAUGUCUCCGUGCAGUGAAAGUGGAAGAUUUUGAGUUGGUACUCGGAUUAAUUAGUAAUCUACUAGCUAGCUAGCUAGCCAAAGCUGGUGAAUUAUCUUAAUUUUAUGAGCUUAUUUAUAUUGGAGCUGGUAGGCAUAGCCAAGGCUUGUUUCAAGUAAGAACUGUAUAAGCAUCAAUAUUACUUGGAAAGCCACCUUUAUUUCCUUCUUUUUUAAUUUUAUUUUUCCCUUUUACCUUCUAUGUUCUUUCCUUUUCUAACAUGUAGGAUCCGAUAAACACAUUUAGGAUAAGUUCCUGUAAAUCCUUCUUUUUAUUAUAUAUUUUAUUACAUAUUUUAUAUAUAUUUUAAUUUUGGUUA